AUGAACAGCUGGCACAGUUUACUUUACCUGGGAGUGUUGAUAAUGGCGGUGGUCGCCAACAAGAUGCUGGAGGACUGUCUGAAAUCGAACCAUGAAUACAACAUGAACGUGGUGCUGGUGGAGGACAACACUUAUGAGUGGAGUAUGCCAUUCGUGCGGGAUGCAGUGGAACAAGCCAUUGCAGAGGACACAGAGGAGAACAUUAAACAUGGUAUUUUAAACUUCACGUUGAAAGCUACCUUCAACGGGUUCAACACUACCAUGUACAACCGGCAAGGCUGUGGGAGCAGCACCUGUGAGGGAGUGGCGAUCCUCAAGAUGCUCUAUGAUACAGGUAAACUAGGGUGCGUCAUGCUGGGCCCUUCUUGUACGUACGCCACCUUCCAGUUAGUGGAUGAUGAAAUUGGCCUGUCCCUGAGCAUUCCCGUCAUCUCUGCUGGGAGCUUCGGCCUCUCAUGUGACUAUAAGCCCAAACUGACCCGCAUUCUGCCUCCAGGACGCAAGAUCACAGACUUUUUCGUCAACUUUAUGGGGGAAAUUUUGCCAUUUAAGAGUGACAUUUGGAAGCAGGUGUACGUCUACAAGAAGCCCGUUAACGUCACUGAGGACUGCUUCUGGUACAUCAACGCACUGGAAGCACCCUCUGAGAGCUUUGCCACAAAGAUAGACAGAAAGAUGCUGCGUGGGGAAGUCGACCUGAAGACUGCACUCACUGCUAAGAAAAGACACAGCAACAUUGUCAUCAUGUGUGGGGGCCCUAAAGAUGUUGUCUUAGUGAAGGAGAUUGUGGGCGACAUUCCUCAGGACAUGGUGUUCAUUCUCCUCGAUAUCUACAACCCUGGGUAUUAUGCCAACACAACAUCCAGUGAGAGUAUGCAGGAUGUAGUGGUGGUUACUUUGCCACAGAGGAAGUAUAACAAUGGAUCAGACCCAACAUACAACGACACGAUCAAUGACUAUGUGGCUGGGUACCAUGACGGGGCUCUGCUGUUUGGCAAAGUGCUCAGAGAGACGAUUCUCAAUCAGCGACGCAACAGGAGAUCCAGUGAUGUGCCGCUGAGUGACAACCCUUUUGGAAACGCCUCUUUUGAAGGUAUGGGAGGACACUAUAUGCUCGAUGAGUACGGAGACAGAGACGCUAACUUCUCUCUGAUUUACACAUCAACUGUCACUGGCAAGUACGAAACCCUGUCAGUGUUUGACACAAAGCGAAAUAAAACCAUAAAGAUGGACCCAAACCCCGCCCUGUACUGGAAUGGUCACCUGCCUAGUGACAUACCUACUGUGCCAUCAGAAGGCUUAAAUAUGCAGGAUGUGAUUGUGAUUGUUCUCAGUCUCAGCGUUGUCGUGGUGACAGUCAUCGCUCUCAUCUUCUACAGGCAGAACAGGAAGGAGCGUCUCAUGCAGAAGAGGUGGGCUCACAUCAACCCGCAUCUGAUUGGUCCGCUGGAUGAGAAGGAGGUCUCUCUGAAGAUUGAUGAAGAUAAGAGGAAGGACAGCACGUACUUCAAUCACAGAGGCCGCUAUGACAAGAAGCCUGUGAUCUUGAAGGAGCUGAAGCACAUAGACGGAGACUUCAGCGAGGACCAGAAGAUAGAGCUCAACACUCUGCUGCGGAUAGAUUACUACAACCUGACCAAGUUCUACGGCACGGUGAAGUUUGAGUACGGUGUGUUUGGGGUGUUUGAGCUCUGUCAGAGAGGCUCCCUCAGGUACAUUCUGAAUGACCGCGUCUCCUACCCAGAUGAAACCUUCAUGGACAUGGAGUUUAAGAUAUCAGUCAUGUAUGACAUAGCAAAGGGCAUGUCGUAUCUCCACUCCAGUAACAUUGAGGUCCACGGUCGCCUCAAGUCCACCAACUGUGUGGUCGACAACCGCAUGGUGGUCAAGAUCACUGACUUUGGCUGUCACACCAUCCUGAGCCCAGGCAGAGAUGUGUGGACGGCCCCGGAGCAUCUUCGUAAAGAUGGCGUGUCUCAAAAAGGCGAUGUCUACAGCUACGCCAUCAUUGCUCACGAGAUCAUUAUGCGAUGGACCCCGUUCUUCACACAGCGCUGCUCUGACCCUCUUGAAAAAAUCCACAGAGUGCAGUAUCCCAGCGGGACGAACUUCUUCAGGCCUGACCUGAACUUUGACUACGCAUCAGAGAGGGAGAUCGAGCUGUUCAUGCUGAUAAAAACCUGCUGGGAUGAAGACCCAGAACGAAGGCCAGAUUUUAAGAAAAUAGAGUCGUCUCUGGGUAAGAUUUUCAGUAACCUGCACAACCAGGCCAGUGAGACGUACAUGGACAACCUGAUUCGUCGUCUACAGAUGUACUCCAGGACUCUGGAGCAUCUGGUAGAGGAGAGAACCUCUCUGUACAAAGCUGAGAGGGACAGAGCCGAUCGCCUCAACUUCAUGCUACUUCCUGGCCCGGUGGUGCGUUCACUGAAGGAGACGGGCAAAGUGGAACCAGAGCUGUUUGAGGAGGUGACCAUCUAUUUCAGCGACAUAGUGGGAUUCACCACCCUCUGCCACUACAGCACCCCCAUGGAGGUGGUCAACAUGCUCAACGACAUCUACAAGAACUUUGACAGCAUCCUCGACCACCAUGAUGUCUACAAGGUUGAGACAAUAGGAGAUGCGUACAUGGUUGCAUCGGGUUUGCCCAAACGGAACGGUGACAGGCACGCAGUGGACAUCGCCCACAUGGCCCUGGACAUCCUGGCAUUCGUAGGGACUUUUCAGUUGGAGCACCUGCCUGGCAUCCCUCUGUGGAUCCGUAUUGGCGUGCAUUCAGGACCGUGUGCAGCAGGAGUGGUGGGGAACAAGAUGCCUCGCUACUGCCUUUUUGGAGAUACAGUCAACACUGCAUCACGCAUGGAGUCCACGGGCCUGCCUCUGAGAAUCCACGUCAGCCGGUCCACCAUCAACAUCCUACAGAGGACAGACUGCAAGUUUGAGUAUGAACAAAGAGGAGAGACGUACCUGAAGGGUAAAGGCAAAGAGAUGACAUACUGGUUAACAGGAGUGACUGGGGGGAACUACAACCUGCCGACACCUCCGACAGCGGAGAACUUCCAGCGGCUCCAGCAGGACCUGGCCGAGAUGAUCGUAUCCAGUCUAGAGAGCCGUGGAGUCGGAAGUGAGAGCUUUAAAAUGAGGAAGACCCUGUCCACCAAAGUGCGCCGGAGGGAGACCAACAGCAGCCUGCAGGGGGAGAACCAGCCAGAGUACUUCCACCUGGCUGUCACUGACAACCCAAGCACCUACCUGUGAUGAGAGGAGCUUUACCACCAAGAGGACAUUGUAGAAAAGUGUCAUAGGUUUUACCUGCUUGAAUCAGCACUGCUGGGUUUCUGUAAGUGACAGUGGAGCAGCGGUGGAACAAGCAGGCGUGUUUAAAGUGAGACUUUAUUUGUUAAUGUAAUGAUAAAUGUGCCUGCCAUAGGGUCUCGGUUCUCUUUGCUCUUCGACACUUUUUCACUUCAACACCGCAUUAGAUGAACAGUUUAUCAGUCUGUUUUUGAUAAAGGAAUACUUCACCCCCAUGAUCACUGAGAUGCCACUCACUCACCCCAUGUUAGGUUGAAUCUGGGAAAAAUGCUUCCACGGUGAAUGAAGAAUCCAAAAACUGAGGAUAUUCUCGCUGACUUGGAAAAAUCAACAGCAACAGCAUCCGUUCACAAACUCUUACACAACUUGUGCAGUGUAAACCAAGUCUCAUUUAUCUGAUGUAUGUAGCUGUCCAUUAAAUCUAGAGUAGAAGGGACACUCCUUCAAGGACAGCAUGUGCACGUCUUGGCCAGAGAAGACAGAUGGUUUGAAAGAGGCGUGAAAGAAGACAUCUACGUUAAAUUGGAACGACCAUCGUUAAACGGAGGAGGUGGCCUACGACACCACUUAUCAUCCACCUUCAAUGCAGUCUUGGCAUCCUUCCCCAGACGACUUUUCACCCUUUCACACCUGGACCCAUCUGAUGCUAACGACACACAUGAUGGUCGGGUGGGUCAACGACUCACAUGUGACCUUAACGACUCUGUAAGUGUCCCCCCCGCACACAGAGUCCAUUAGAGCUGAAGGAGCCUCUUGGUUGAGAGGUGAAGCGUCUUCAAGGAACUCAAGCAAGUCCAGAUGCCGCCGAUCUAGCAUUUAAGGUAAUGGGAAUAUGUUAGUGCAAACAUUUCAACCUGUAAUUUGUCUGACUGAAAUAUUAAUGUCUCUGCAAAAGUACAUGUGUUUGUGACGUACCAAGCAUACGACUGCAUAAAUGAGACUUGGAUUAUACUGUUCGAGUUGUGGAAGAGUUUCUAACCAGUGUUUUGCUGUUGAUAAAUGUGUACCCCUAUGACUUCAAUUCAUCUUUGGAUUCUUCGUUCACCGAGAAAAGCAAAGCUUUUUUCCUGAAUUCAGUGUAACACAGGGUGAUGAAUUGACAUAUGAAUGCUCAUUUGGGAGUGAAGCAUUACUUUAAACCAGUGGUUCCCAACUGGUCCAACCACAGGGUCCAGAUUUCUCUUUAGUCAUUCGUUCGAGGUCCACACAGUUUAAUAUAUUUGACGUCACACUUGUGUUUGAUCAUGUUGUGGAGCUAGUUUGCUGUCUCUGUCAAGGAGAUGUCCGUUAUUCACUCACUCUACAACAGGAAACGACACUUCAAAAUAAAAGCUCUGUGCUGUAAAUUCACUGCACUUAAAAAUAAAGUGUGGUUUUACAAACUUUAAGAGCUCACUUGGAGUCCAUUCAGAAUGAACCUGCGACCCACCAGUUGGGAACCACUGCUUUAAAAUGAAAAAUCCGCUCUCAGGUACUUACUGAAUAUCAUUUAAGAUGUUUGUUUCAGUAACAAAUAGUAAAAGUGGCCUAAAGAUGAGUAAAUCUGCCAGUAUAUGUUUUGAUACUGUCACUAGGGGGCGCCAAAGUGGCAUUUUCCCAUAAAUAAUGGCUAUAAAUUGUACCUGGAAAUGUGUUAGGAGGACUUUUCUUAUUUCUGUUUUGUAACACACAACCUUCCUGCCCUGUGGACAGUGAUAAGUCACACAUAGCUAUCAUCACACCUACAUGGGUCUUAGUGUGACUCCUCCUUUGAGAUCUAUUUAAAAACAACACAAUCCUAAUGAUGAUACUGAGUGUACUCUUCUUGACUGUACUUUGAACAGGUCUCCGUUUAGGUUUAGAUGUUGCCUGCAGGAAGCUCACUGAUUGAGAAAGUUUGACAUAAUUAUUUACCGUGUAAAUAGCCUUUUCUGCUGCAGAGACAGUGGCACUAUAUCCAAGCAGUACUUGUCGUAAUAUAGCGGAGAUCUGAGAAUAUUUCUC